GCCUGCGCAGUGCGCUGCGGGCUCUUCUGGGGCGAGCGCAGCUCGGAGACGGCUGACACUUGUUCGGGGGCAGUCGGAGAGCAGCCGUGCAGCAUGGCGGACAGAAAGCGCCUGGCCUACUCCAUCAUCCAGUUUCUACACGACCAGCUGCAGAACGGGGGGCUGUCCCCCGACGCCCAGGAGAGCUUGGAAGUUGCAAUCCAGUGCCUGGAGACGGCGUAUGGUGUGUCCAUGGAAGAUCAAGGGCUGGCCGUGUCUCAGACCCUCCCUGAGAUCUUUGAAUUUGCUACAGGACGGGAGUCUCAGGACAGCAGGACGAGCUCCGAGCCGGUCACCCCUUCUGAAGAGGACAUCACCGAAGCUGAACGUCUGAAGACUGAAGGAAAUGAGCAAAUGAAGGCUGAAAACUUUGAAGCUGCCGUGUCGUUCUACAGCAGAGCGAUCGAGUUAAAUCCAUCCAAUGCCGUGUAUUUUUGCAACAGGGCUGCUGCCUACAGUAAAUUAGGGAACUACGCUGGAGCAGUAAGGGACUGUGAAAGAGCCAUCAGCAUCGAUCCAAGCUACAGCAAAGCCUACGGCAGGAUGGGGUUGGCCCUUUCCAGUUUAAGUAAGCACACAGAAGCUGUGGAGUACUAUAAAAAAGCCCUGGAGCUGGAUCCGGAUAACGACACAUACAAGUCAAACCUGAAAAUAGCCGAACAGAAAAUGAGAGAGACCCCCAGUCCGACUGGAGGUACGGGAGGGUUCGACUUAGCCGGCUUGCUGAACAACCCCAGCUUCAUGAGCAUGGCAUCUAACCUCAUGAACAACCCACAAGUGCAGCAGCUCAUGUCUGGGAUGAUUUCUGGUGGCCAUAACCCUGUGGGUGCCACGGGCACCAGCCCUUCGGCAAACGACCUCGCCAGCCUUAUCCAAGCAGGCCAGCAGUUUGCUCAGCAGAUGCAGCAGCAGAACCCAGAGCUAAUAGAACAGUUACGAAGCCAGAUCAGGAGUCGAACCCCUAGUGCCAGCAAUGACGAUCAGCCGGAAUGAACGUACCAGUGCCGCCCGUGGGAAUUCUGUCCUUCUACCAAAACUGGAAGCCAUGUGUGUGUUGCCAUUUCUCAAGUCGGAAACGUCCAAGAGGAAAACAAACAAGCAAACAAAGGAAGGCCGGUCCCCCUGCGCCUGCAUGUUAGAGCCGGAUUCUCGUUUUCUCCCUUGUGUCUUUGCUCCUGCCUCCAAAUCCUUCCCUUCCCCCUUCUGGAAGAUCCAGCAUGGUGCAACCACAAACCAGCAUCCAUCGCCUUUUCUAGAAAACUCUGAAAAUGACCUUGUUCCCUGGGGGGGUGCUAACCCAUUCCUAAGGAUGAGGUGCUCUCCGGUGUCAGAAGUCUUCACCCUCCUCGUCUCCCUUCUCCUUCAAGGGAGCUUUCGAGUCCCCUCUUUAAAUCCUUCCAUUGCAGCUAAAAGAAGCUGAUGUUCUAACCCAGCCCCUGGGUGGUCGUCACCUCCUCGCACCCAGGCGCUGGGGCCCGUCAGUCAAGUUCCCUGCAUUUGUCAUUCAGGUCGGUAGCAAUGUCGUCGGCACUGUUUGUUAACGUGGGGCGAUGUCAGCGGAUACCUCUGAAAGGCUUUUGUGAAAGUGCGUGUGUUUUGGGGGCAGGCUGCAUAGCGCAAGACCACUCUCUGUGACUACUUCAUACUGAGCAUCUUUUGAUACACUUUCCAGUUUAUUUUUUUUUGCCAGUGAUGACACAGUCUGUCUAGUGUGUAAAGAAAGGAAGAAAUCAUGGCUCUAUCUUUGUAACUCUCUCUGUGAGCUAGUGGGGGUGGGGAGGGGGCGGGAGAGGGGGAAGGAGGAACACUGGUGUCCUCUUAUCUAUUUUUAACAGUUGUUAGGGGUUUUUUUGUUGUUGUCUCUGCAUGUGAGCGAUUAGGAGACCGGGGCUUUGGGGGUAGCGAGGGAAGGGAGACGAAGCCGAUUUUACAGGGACUCCAGACCCCUACUGCUUGGGGUUAUGAAUGGGGGAAUAAAACUGCUGUUUGUGUCUGUGAGAUACUGAGUGAUCACUGCCUGGGCUGAGGGACUGGCAAGGAACAGUCGUGCCCCAGCGUGGGAUGCAUGAGAAGGGGAGGAGAUGAGCAUAACUUGCCCCGGCACCUCUAGAGUCACCAGCCCUACUAAUAGUCCAGCUGUGGGGUGACUCCCAGGGAUUAGUGAGUCCCUUGAAGAGUCUCUAGGAAGGGAUUUUAUAAAGCUGGGAGUGACAACAUGGAAUAUGGGGGUGGGGGGGUGUAAAGGCAGUGCUGGAAGGUGCCCUGUGGGGUUCGGGAGCCUGUUGGAGGGAGGGAGGGAGGGGAGAUGUUUGCAAAUACUUGACUAGGAAACAGAGGUUUGUAAGCACUCCUUUUUAACAUGGCCACGCGGUCAGUGUAUCUCACAGAGAAUAAACUACUUGGACACUCGGCUUUGUCAUCCCUUUUGUCCACGGAGCAGAGCCCUAAGCCGCAGGUGCCGACUGCCUGGCACAGGCUCUUCCUUCAGGUUUUCAUCCUGGGAUUGAUAGUGCCCGGGUUGCCUGCUGCAGGAGCCCACACCAGAGGCUGGCAACACCCUCCAGCCUUUCCUGGGCUUUUACCUUCCGUCCUCCCCUUUUAGAUGCUUGUUUUGCUGCUGGAAUGUUUCCUCCUUGGUGCUUUCUGCCGCAGCAGGGCAGGGAGAGCCUUGGCUUGUUCCUGUUGUAAUGAAUAACGAGCUGGCAGGUGGAAGGCUGUGGCUCCUAGAAACCCAUUUCUCCGUCUGUUCCCUGCAGUCCCCUUCACUGGAUAUUUCUGGACAUUCUGGUCUCCUUUGCGCCAUGCUGCCUCUCCAUCCGUCCUGUGUCCGGGGCAGCUCAGGCAUGGAAAUUAAGCUAGCAGAUUCCUCUGUUCCUAGCUGAGAGUCUCGAGUUCUCGUAGGUGGCAACUGUACUGCAGCCUUUUGGGGGUGUUACCACUUCGAGCUUGAACUGGUCUCCACAAUUUUAAAUUCAUGAGAGCUGCCAAAACUCCUGGUGACUGUUCCACCGACGGUUUCUCCAUUGCAGUUUAAGGGUCAUUUUCUGGAUUGUUUUAAAGGUGCCAUCAAGUUGCAUCUCCUCGUUCUGUGCGGAGAUGUGUUUGCAACUCAUGUCUUCGAUUUCUGCUGAGGAAUGGGAGGGAGGUUUGACGCUGUUUAUUUUCCUUUGUGGAUCUGGGGGUUUCGUGUGGCCGGUCCUUCUCCUGUCCCUUUGUAGAGCAGGCUUUCCCCUGUCUCCGUGGUGCUCUCACAAGGCAGCAAGAAAUGGAAGCAAUGUUCAGACUAGGAGCCACCAGGCUCUGGGGCUUGGGGGCAGGUGUGGAUUUAGUUUCCAAGUGACUCCAUCCCACUUUGGGGGCAGCUCUCUAGGAGUGCUCUGACUGGGGAGAGGAUUUUAUAGACACCUCAAAACACAGCCAGUUUCUAUAGCAAGGCAGACUGCGCUGCUUUGUCAGGAACAGCCUUCAGGACAGCUCGGCCAUCCUUGAGCCCAGUCGUGGGGCGGUGGUAAUGCUAGCAUUGCCCAGGCAGGGCUGCGCUCUCUUUCCCAUUCUUGGAAUGAUUUUCCUGCUCUGAGUUGUGUGUCUUUCCCUCCGGGUCUGUCUUGUCUCCAUAUUUAUUUCCCCGUGCCGUUUGGCGGUUACUUAAAGGAGACGUCAAACUCCGUGUCGUACAGCCGGUAUCCAGCUCUGCGGGGAGGGUAUGUUUGAGGGCCGACUUGACAAUUUUAAGACUGUUUUUAGCUUCGAUCUGCCUCUUCCCUCCCCUACCAGAGAGAACCCCUUUCUAGGAAAGGGCCGUGAUGCAGUUUCCAAUACAGCCCGUGGCACCGGCCAGUCGGUCCUGGCUCUGCUCCUGGGGAAUUGCCUCCGCAGACUCUCACCAGCCGCGGAGGGGCCUGGCCAAGUAAAGUACCAUGUUUCCCUUUGAGAGUCUUAGUCUUUGGCCUCUCCUCUGUGCGGAGCACUCGGUGCUGUUGGGCAGUUUCUCCUGCAUCCCAUGGAGCUCCGACCAUUCGCAGCUCGGGUGCAGCCCAAUGCAUUGGGCUUUCUGUUUAUUUGUGAACUAAAAUGCCGAACUAAUGUAUUAAAACCCGCGACGAGUGAAGCGGGGCCUGGCUCUCCUACUUAACUACUCUUGCGUAGCGGCCACCGGCUCUCUGGGUCGCUCUCUUUUGAUACGAAUCUGCCAAGCAGCGGCUCGGUGACACUGCGGCUUUUUUUUUUAACCUUGCAGUUCAUGGACUUUUUCUCGGUGGCAAAGGGGUGCUGAGCUCUGGCAGCCAGUGGGCUGCGCGUGCAGUACGUACCACCCGCAGAACUGCGCUAGGCUCUCCUGUAUCACGCUCGUUCUUUGUACGCCACCCCUCUCUUUCUGGCACAAGAAUGCUGUUUUGUAGGUCAGAGCCUGAAGCAUUGUUUAAUAAAUAUUCAUGCUCCUGAA